AUGACUGCCGCUUACCAGGACCCGUACCCCAAUAUCCCCACCAUCUCAGCCAAGCUCUCCGAUCAGAGCUCGCUCGUCAGUCUCCUGAAAUCAAACCAGGACCCAGCAUACCAAUUUGCUGCUGUCAAGUGCUAUGUCGAAGGCAAGGCCGCCAAGGGCAAGUCGCCAGGGUAUAUUGCCGGCAAGCUCGAUGGCAUCGAGACCAAGGCCCCCUCCCAGUCCGGCCCGGCAUUCGCCUACGUGCGCCAGUACUUUGCGUACCCCCAGUCGCGUCUCUUCAAGGUGCCCGUGUCAACUUCAACCAGCGGCGGUACCGACGUCGUCACGCUCAAUGUCCCUCCACCACCAUACAAGAGUGGACGUGCGGGGCCAAGCACGUCCCCGUCCAACCCUGUUCCUGCACUGGCGUCGCUGAACAUUGGUGGCCGUGCACCUUCCCCCGCCCCUUCCUCCGACCGCGCACCUUCACCUGCACCACCUCUUCUUGAAGGUGGCGAGAACGCACUUGAGAUGCUGCGUGAUUUCGACACAGUCUUCAUCAUUGACGACUCGAGCUCCAUGCAGGGUUCGCGCUGGGAACAGGCCAAGACCGCCGUCAAGGGUGUUGUCGCCCAAGCAAUGAAGUAUGACGACGACGGCAUCGACAUUUACUUCCUGAAUGCGAAACGCAGUGGUGACAACAUGCGCCGACCCAAGGACGUCGAUCGCCUCUUCGCGGGUUUGAAACCGUACGGCGCCACACCGACGGGCAAGACGCUCGAAAAGGUUCUGCGCGAGUAUGUCCUGCGCUUGGAGGCUGCUGCUGCCCAGGGUCGUCCCGAAAGCAUCAAGCCCCUCAACCUCAUCGUCAUCACGGACGGUGCACCCACCGACGACCCCGAGAGCGUACUGGUGGCCUACGCCCGCCGACUGGACAAGGGUGACUGGCCCCUCUCUCAAGUGGGAGUACAAAUGUUCCAAGUGGGCAACGACCCUCAGGCGAGGGAGGCGCUCGAGGACCUCGAUGACGAGCUGUCGUCUCGACACGGUAUUCGCGAUAUGGUCGACACCGUGCCCUACCAGGGUGAAAUGACCGCCGAGCUUAUUAUCAAGGUCCUCCUGGGUGGCAUUAAUCGCCGCUUGGAUCGCAAGGCCACCACCCGCCGCAGGACGUAA